CUGACAUGUGUUGCUCCUCAUUCAGCUUCUCCUCAGCCUGGAUUCAGGCAUGGCUGACAAGAAUGGGAAUAUAAUUAAAUACAUUUGGAAUAAACUCUACUUUUAUGAAAUAUUUUGAUCAAGGAGUGACAAGGAGUUAAAUCAGAGAGAAGGAACUCUUGAGGUUGGAGAAAACCAGUCACAUGUGGAUCUACAACACUGAGCAUUUGGCCGGGCUGUGACUGGUUACGGUGGUGGAGGAUAAUGACCUGAAGAUUCAGGAGGUCGAUUAAAGCUGUACAGUGAUGAACACUUCUACAGUGAUGGCACCACUAUCUCAGAACCGGGUCCCCCACCACCCCCCAUCCCCAGCCUUAAUGACCUCACCCAAACUCUGGCAGAAAGCCUCCAUAUCUCGUCUGGCGGAGGAGUUCUUCUGGAUUGGAGGAAGCAUUGUUGCAACGCCAAAAUGGAGAAUGGGCCAAUUCGUGGAGCGAUGCAUGUGCACCAUGCAGACUGGUACUCAGAUGAUUAAACUAAGAGGGAAAUCAAAGACACUGGUGAGAUUUUUCUAUCUGGAUGAGCACAGGUCCUGCAUCCGCUGGAGACCGUCUAGAAAGCAUGAGAAAGCCAAAAUCUCUAUAGAUUCCAUCCAUGAAGUUUGUGAGGGAAAGAAAACAGAGAUGUUUCAGCAUUUCUCCAGCAGUAACUUUGAUGCAAACUGCUGCUUCAGUAUUUAUCAUGGAUGCCACGUGGAGUCCCUGGACCUGGUGACCACAAAUGGAGAGGAAGCCAGGACCUGGAUUACUGGCCUUAAGUACCUCCUGGCCGGCAUCAGCGACGAGGACAGCCUGGCACGGAGACAGCGCACGAGAGACCAAUGGUUGAGACAGACAUUUUCAGAAGCGGAUAAAAAUGGAGAUGGAAACCUGAGUAUUGGAGAAGUUCUACAGCUCCUUCACAAGUUAAACGUCAAUCUACCCAGGCAGAAAGUCAGGGAACUGUUUGAGGAGGCCGACACCGAUGAUCAUCAAGGAUGUUUAGCGUUUGAAGAGUUUUGCAACUUUUAUAAGAUUAUCUCAACCCGACGUGACCUUUAUUUAUUAAUGCUGACAUACAGCCACCGUAAAGAGCACAUGGACAUACACGACCUCUUACGAUUCCUAGAGAGUGAGCAGAAGAUGGUGACAAUAUCUCGAGAAUACUGCCAGAUGAUUAUAACCCAGUUUGAGCCAUGUCCCCGAAACAGAGCACAGAAUGUUCUGGGAAUUGAUGGCUUUACUAACUACAUGCGGAGUCCCGCAGGGGACAUUUUUAACCCGGAGCAUAAUCAGGUGAAUCAGGAUAUGACACAGCCUCUUACAAACUACUACAUCGCCUCCUCACACAACACCUACCUGACCGGAGACCAGCUGCUUUCCCAGUCCCGAGUCGACAUGUACGCCUACGUCCUGCAGGCCGGCUGCCGCUGUGUAGAAGUUGACUGCUGGGAUGGUCCUGAUGGAGAGCCAAUUGUUCAUCACGGCUACACUCUAACCUCAAAAAUCCUUUUCAGAGACGUUGUUGAGACUAUCAACAAAUACGCUUUUGCCAAAAGCCAGUAUCCUGUAAUCAUCUCCAUAGAGAACCAUUGCUCAGUGCCUCAACAGAAAAAAAUGGCUCAGUAUCUCACUGAGGUGCUGAAGGACAAGCUGGACUUGUCCAACAUUAAUAUCAACGAAUUCCGUCGGCUUCCCUCACCCGAGACCCUCAGAGGGAAAAUUCUGGUGAAGGGUAAGAAGCUGCCUGCUAAUAUAGAUGAAGAUGCAGAAGAAGGAGACGUGUCUGAUGAAGACAGUGGGGAAGAGGAAGAUGAAGAGGAGGACGAACAGACGAAUGAAGAGAGCAGCGCCAACGGAGCCCAACCUGGAGUACAAACAAAGAAACGUUCAAGAAAGUUCUUGGGCAGCUUCAGGAGAAAGAAUAAACAGGUGAAAUUGAAAAAGCGUCCAGUUCUCAGUGACUCAGACACAGAUCAGGAAUCCAGUGGCGGUAAUCCCAACAAAGUCAUCGACUAUGGAAAACGUAGGAAGACUAUGAGACUGUCCCGUGCGCUUUCUGACCUGGUUAAAUACACAAAAUCAGUGCGAGUCCAUGAUAUAGAAACUCAGGCGCAUGCAUCCAGCUGGCAGGUAUCUUCACUGAAUGAAAGUAUCUCCAACCAGAUCCUGCAGUUCAAACCAGGACAACUAGUGCGAUUCAACCAGCGGCAACUUUUACGCGUUUAUCCUUCCAACUACCGCGUAGACUCCAGCAACUUCAACCCUCAGCCUUUCUGGAAUGCUGGAUGUCAUUUGGUUGCACUGAAUUACCAAACGGAAGGCCGAAUGCUACAACUGAACAGAGCCAAAUUUGCUGCCAAUGGAAACUGCGGAUAUGUACUAAAGCCUAAGUGCAUGUGCAAAGGUGCCUUUAACCCCGUGUUGAGUGACCCGUUACCAGGACACAGAAAAACACAGUUAGUGCUGAAAAUAAUCAGCGGCCAGCAGCUACCUAAACCUAAAGACUCCAUGUUAGGUGACAGAGGAGAGAUUAUAGAUCCCUAUGUGGAAGUGGAGAUUAUUGGUCUCCCUGUAGACUGUAACAAGGAGCAGACGAGAGUCGUGGAUGAUAAUGGCUUUAACCCCAUGUGGGAAGAAACCUUGGUGUUUACGCUACACAUGCCUAAAAUAGCACUGGUGCGCUUUAUGGUUUGGGAUCACGAUCCAAUUGGGCGAGAUUUCAUCGGACAAAGAACAAUAGCGUUUACAAGCAUAAUGCCAGGUUAUCGUCAUGUUUAUUUGGAGGGUUCAGAAGAGGCCUCAAUUUUUGUUCAUGUUGCCAUUAAUGACAUCACUGGAAAGAGCAAAUCAAGCAAUGCCAUGAAACAGCUCAUCCAGAAAAACUUAAUGCAGACAUCUGAAGACGGCACAAAAACAUCAUUUGCUCCAAACUUCUUAAGAAAAUCUAGAGCUAAGAAAGGCCAAGCAAAGGCCAAGCAAGAACCACAGGAAUCCUACAGCCGGGAGGAUUUCCUUAAUCGUCGUUACAGUGAUGACGUCAAUUCACAGGACAGCAGGACUGCAUCUCAAAACCAGUCUCUCCACAGAGGCGUCCAAAGUGAACCGUUGAAAAGAUCUCACAGGGUGUGCUUCCAGGAACCCCAGGAGAAUCUGGGGGGGACCCAAAGACGUUUGUCUUCUACAGACAGUUAUGGAGAAUCAGAAAGAACCGCAAACUAUGUGAGCGCAGAAUUAAAUCAAAGGAGAAACCCAGAUAUUAUUCCGCAAACUCAAACAGACCAAAGCAAACUAAGGGUUCAGGUUAGUUGGAGCCACCUGUCAUCCACUGGUAGUUUUGAAGUGUCUAAAAAAUCAGCAAAUUACAUUAAUUUAGGCUUUGAUGCAAAGGAGAACCCAGAAGGGCGUCUGUCUGCUCAGAUGGACCAAAGAAAUUCAAGGACUGGGCAAAGUGGCGGAUUCUUGUUCACUACCGAAAGCUGUGGAGCACUAGGAAAUGCAAAUGACAUCAAUUUAGAGUUUGAUCCAAACCAAGCCAAUUUACGACAUCAGGAGAAUGCUGUUCUUAAUUUCACUGACUUGCCUCCAUUAGCCCAACAAGAAGAUACCGGUUCUGACUCAGCAGGCUCACCUGGAGCUGAAAUAACAAUUCCUGCACCUCAAAGACCUGACCGGCCUUCUCUGUCUAAACAAUUUUCAAUUACAGAAAAUGUCUCUCCAGGUCCUGAGCUUGAAUGUAGGAAAUACAAGCCAGUCUCGGGCCAAGCAUUGGACUCUUACAGCAGAGGCCGGGCUUUUAAGGACCUAAGAGUUGGUAGAUCCUUUGAAUACCAAACCAUAACGGCCCAGGAAUCAGAGAUUUGCACUGAUAUUUGGACCCCAAAAAGCCCUGGAAACAACCUGGGAAACCUUAUAGAGAAAACGCCCUUUAAAUUCGACCCAAAACUUGACAGAUUUCCAAAGCAACAAAGUGAGCAAUUUACUCCAACAAGUCAAAGGCUAACUGGCAAAAGUGAAUUUGGGCUAAAGGGUUCAGUUGACCUUCCUGCAAAGCCAUCAAACCAGUCACUGUCCAUUCCAGCAACCCCUGCGAUGGGCAGACGUGUCCCGCAGAGCCGUGGUGGAUCAUCUUCCACAGAAUCACAGGUUAAGUUGCGUCGAUCGUCCAGCGUCCCACGACGACGUCCCACAAACAGCCUACAUGAACUCAGGACUGAUUUUUUUUGUAAAAACCACUUCAGCCCUGUCCCACAGGACAACACCUCCAUUUCCAACCGUCCUGGAAACACCGGCCGUGCCGAGAGUGAGUCCAGCAGUCAGGACAGUCUGGAAAGCAUCGAUCUGAGCGCCCUGCCCUCCAGAUUCCCCGACAGCCAGCAGCAGAGUGUGGGAACCCUGCAGCGGGAGAUGAACGCUCUGUUUGAGCAGAAAAUGAGGGAGAUCCGCUGCCACUCACCGUUAUUCUUUAGUGAUCACUCAACGUUGUAGAAAUGUAUACAGGAAACACCAGCUGCCUGAAGAAAAGCAGUACUUUAAUACGCAUUAGGAAUAAACACUGGAAACCAAUAAUUAGUUUUUUUAAUAACUGAGGGGGUAAUAUCCUGGUUUAUUUGCUAAUAAUUAAAUCCAGUGAAAAGCUGCUUCUGUAAGUAAUCUGAUUUAGUGAUGGGUGCAAAUGAGUUACUGUAACAGUGUAAUAGAGUACACAACAACAGAUUUUGGUUAAAUUUUAUUUAUUAUUUCAUUAAUUACAAUGUGCCAGAGUUGUUACUGUAAGGAGCUUUUUGUACAUUAUCUUGUGUGAUGUAAAUGUUUUUAAUGAUGUGUUUAAGAUGAAACAAUGCACAGAUAAACACAUUCUGUCUGAA